UACGUCAUUCCUGUGUCUGGACUGUGGAACGAUGAGUACGUAGGGCGGGGACGAGGCUGAGCUUCCUAGUGAUCGAUUGUUUCAGACCUCGGCAGUUCAUUCGGAUCGUACCGACGAGCAGUAGAUUUGGUGAUUGAUAGCUCGCAGGAAAGACACCGAAUACGAGAAGCAGCCAUGGAGGCGUUAGCAGCGUCGUCAUUCGCUGAGUGCAGGUUGGUGUCGGGAGUUCCGGCCAUUUCGGGCUCGACGUCAUCAUCCAAUGUUGUUUCAUCUCUUGCUUUCUCGAGAAAUGCUGUUGUUGCGGGGAAGGCGCGAGGCCUGUUUGUGACGCGGUCUUUGGCUUCAAGGCAGCCGAAGAGACUUCCUCUCAAUUGCUGCGCUGCAGAUGGAAAUGCAGUCGCUACCGAGAGUGCGACGGCGGAGAGUGCAGCUGACGAAGUGCCGAUUGAGAAGCGAUACCCGGCAUUCCCGUCUGUACUAGAUAUCAAUGCCAUCCGAAACAUCCUACCUCACAGAUUUCCAUUUCUAUUAGUGGACAGAGUGAUCGAGUAUAACCCUGGCGUUUCAGCGGUUGCUAUCAAGAAUGUGACGAUCAAUGACAACUUCUUCCCUGGUCACUUUCCCGAUAGGCCAAUCAUGCCUGGAGUCCUCAUGGUUGAAGCAAUGGCCCAAGUGGGCGGUAUUGUUAUGCUUCAGCCUGAUGUGGGAGGCUCAAAGGAGACGUUCUUUUUUGCUGGAGUCGACAAAGUGCGCUUCAGGAAGCCUGUCAUCGCUGGAGAUACUCUUGUGAUGCGGAUGAAUCUUAUCAAGCUCCAAAAGCGAUUUGGAAUAGCCAAAAUGGAAGGGAAAGCAUAUGUCGGUGGUGUGGUGGUAUGUGAGGGUGAGUUUCUGAUGGCUCUAGGAAGCGAGGAGUAGUGUUACUGUGAUUACUGUAAUUUUGCCAAUUCUCAUUACACCUCUUGCGGUCCGAGCAUCUGGAAUCCCAAGUUAGAGACCAAGUUAUGCCGUGUGUAGUAAUCAGUUCGUAAUUCAGAGCAAACCUUCGUCUAAAAUCGUUGAUGUGAGUUCAAGGAGUAUGACUGCACCCAAAAUGAGUUUCACGAGCUAGGCUGACAUUAGGGUGGAGAUUUAUUUUUUCUAUUCCUUAGAUUCAUCACAUGCCACCCUCGGCGGAAUUAGGUAGCCUUUUCUGUCCAUUAUGAAAGGACCGUAUUGUUGAACUCUGCCAAAGACCAAUGCGGUCGACCAAAGGUAAUUCACGUUAAGCUGACAAGUUUGCCGACCAACA